GGGGUUGUUGUGAAGGGCCGGUUGCGGGGCGGGGGCGGCCAGGGGGUCCCGGUCCGCUACUGCCGGGCCCCGCCGCCGCUAGCGUCCAGGCGAUCGCCCGAGCCCCCACCGGCGCUCCCGUCCCGUGAUGUUCGUCAGCGGUGAGGCCUCGUCCCCCGCCGCGCCGCCUCUCAGGAGAGUCUCGCCGUGACCGUGUUUGAGUGCCCGCCGGACGGCCGCGGCAGCCCCGGUGCACGGCCCGGCCGUAGGACGCGCUAGCGGAGCGGAGCCCGCCGGGAGGAGGAAGGCGCUGCCCGCCCCAGAGGCGCCACGCUGAGCCAUGGCCGUGGCCGUCACCACGAAGACGGCAUGGAAGCUGCAAGAGAUCAUGGCCCACAGCAGCAAUGUGUCCUCAGUGGUCUUGGGAAAGGGCUCAGGCCGGAUGCUGGCCACUGGAGGAGACGACUGUCGGGUCAACAUAUGGUCAGUCAGCAAGCCCAACUGCAUCAUGAGCUUGACAGGUCACACAACCCCCAUUGAGAGCCUGCAAGUGAACCCAAAUGAGAAGCUCAUUGUGGCAGGGUCCCGCUCAGGGUCCAUUCGAGUCUGGGACCUGGAAGCUGCCAAAGUUCUUCGUACCCUACCAGGUCACAAAGCGAAUAUCUGCAGCCUUCAUUUCCAUCCUUUUGGAAGCUUUGUGGCAUCUGGCUCUUUGGACACCAACAUUAAGCUCUGGGAUGUAAGAAGAAAAGGCUGUAUCUUCACAUUCAAGGGUCACACAGAAGCAGUUCGGUGUCUCCGCUUCAGCCCCGAUGGGAAAUGGGUGGCCUCUGCUGCUGAUGAUCACACUGUAAAGCUGUGGGAUCUGACUGCUGGGAAGUUGAUGUUUGAGUUUACAGGACACACUGGCCCAGUAAACGUUGUUGAAUUCCAUCCCAAUGAGUACCUUCUGGCUUCUGGCAGCUCUGACAGGACUGUUCGGUUCUGGGACUUGGAGAAGUUUCAAGUUGUGAGCUGUAUUGAAGAGGAGGCCACUCCUGUCAGGUGUGUGCUCUUCAGCCCUGAUGGCUGCUGCUUGUACAGUGGCUUCCAGGACUCGCUGCGAGUGUACGGCUGGGAGCCAGAGCGCUGUUUUGAUGUGGUCUUGGUCAACUGGGGAAAAGUAGCUGACUUGUCUAUCAGCAACAACCAGCUGAUAGGAGUUUCCUUUGCACAAAGCACAGUCUCUUCCUUCGUUGUGGAUCUCAACAGAGUCCCAAAGUCAGAUUCUGUUCCUCAAGGGUUGAUCAGGGACGACCAGCCUCUUGUGCCACCUACCCCCACAGGGUCCUCCCUUCGCCGCAUCUAUGACAGGCCCUCCACGAGCUGCAGCAAGCCACAGAGCAGAGUGAAGCACAACUCAGAGAGUGAGAGGCACAGUCCCAGCAGUGAAGAUGACCGGGAUGAGAAGGAAUCAAAGGCUGAGAUCCAGAACCAGGAGGAUUACAAAGAGAUCUUCCAGCCCAAGAAUGCAAUCUGUCGAACUCCUCCUCGAACUGAGCCCUUUCCUGCCCCUCCUGAGGAUGAGCCUGGAACUGCAAAGGAAGCAGUGAAGCCCAGCCAAGCUGUGGAUGUCCAGACCUCGCUGCCAAAGCAGGAGCUCCCCGAUCCAGUCCAGAGGCCACCGAAUCCCUCCUCAACUUCUUUGAGCAGAACAGAGCCAUCAGUGAUUCCUGCAGCCAGGAAUGAGCCCAUUGGCCUGAAAGCCUCUGACUUUCUCCCAGCUGUGAAGAACCAAAGCCAGACGGAGCUGGUGGAUGAGGAGGCCAUGUCCCAGAUCAGGAAAGGCCACGAGACCAUGUGUGUGGUGCUCACCAGCCGCCACAAGAACCUGGACGCCGUGCGCGCCGUCUGGAGCACCAGUGACAUCAAGAACUCUCUGGACUCUGCAGUGGCAAUCAAUGAUCUGUCUGUUGUCGUGGAUCUCUUGAAUAUUGUCAACCAAAAAGCGUCUCUCUGGAAGCUGGAUUUGUGUACCAUAGUCCUGCCACAGAUAGAAAAACUACUCCAAAGUAAAUAUGAAAGUUACGUGCAGACUGGCUGCACCUCCCUGAAACUCAUUCUCCAGAGAUUCCUGCCACUCAUCACAGACAUCCUCGCUGCACCACCUUCUGUUGGAGUGGACAUCAGCAGAGAGGAAAGGCUUCACAAAUGCAAGUUGUGCUACAAGCAGCUGAAAAACAUCAGCAACGUUGUCAAGAACAAGUCUGGGCUCAGCGGCCGCCAUGGUAGUGCCUUUCGGGAACUGCUGCUCCUCAUGGCUGUCCUGGACUAGCAGCCACCACCUCCUCAUGUACAAAUACAGGUGGCCAAGCUUCCCCUGCUCAUGGUCUGGCUGGAUUUCAGAUCUCUCCGUGUGUCCGUCCUUUCCCCUGCCCCUCUCCAGCACGGUAGGGAGGUGCAAUCUGCCUGCCUGGUCGCCCAGCCAGCCCUGGUGCCUUAGGGGCUGGAUGGAGGACCCCAGUGGAGAGAUGUGUGUGCUGUGGGAGGGGCCCUGGCGGGUGCAGGGCCCCACAGAGCCCUGUAGGGAAGCUGCUUCAUUUCAGCUCUUCAUCUCAGCAUCCAGCUGUGGGCUGCUCUGUGUGCUGGCCUGUCCCUGCAGGAGGGCUCUGAGCCUGCUGUCACCCCUCCUUCCUGCUUGUGCUGUCGGUUCUUGCUGCCUGGCCCUGUGGGUCAGGGCCCUGCUCUCGCUGUGCAGCUGCUGAGGACUGCAGGCACCGCCCCACAAACGCCUGCUGUGGGGUGAUGCCUUCUCCAUACAGAAGGGACUUCAACUGCCAGGGGGGACCAGACCCUUUGGCUUCAUCUGACAUGGGCAAGGACACUGUGCCACUGUGCUGGUGCAUCUCAAGGACCUGAACCAAGAGAUUUUCUCUUGGCUUCUCAGCCAUCCCUGCUGGCACCCAGGGCUGCAGAGGAGCAGUGUCUUCAGACUGUCCUUGGACCUGUUAAAACAUGUGACUUAAACAGGACUCGUCGUAUGUGCUUGCCUUUGGGGGUGAGGAUUUGGAAGGGUGGAGGAACAGAGGGACAUGGACUGAGUUAUGUCUUUCUACAUCCACUGGACCAUUCUUAGAGAAUACGCCGUGGAAGCGCGAGAGGAGAGAGUGGUGGAAAGAGCCAUCAGUGCAUCCAGCAGGGGCUUGCAGCAGGAGGAAAUGUACCCACAGGUGGCUCUUGAGAGGUCCAAGGGCAGUGUCAUCCCCUCCCAUGCCCCUGCCAACCACCAUCCCCAUACAUAAGCCAAGAGGCUUUUGGACUGGAGGUUUGGGGUCUUUUUGUUUGUUUUCCACUACUUUUCCAUUCCAAGACCAUGUAAACAGGUAUAAAUAUUUCAAACACUUUC